AUGAACCUCCUGGGGAAAUCGUUAGAGGUAUUACAACAGAACGGCUACCAAUUUGCCCUGCUUUUAAAGCAUCGAAGCACCGUCAGACAGGAUCCUUGCAUAUUCGAUGAAUUGUUAAUUUCGAAUAAUCUUAAUGAUGUCUUAAUAGAGCAAGUCAAUAAGUUGGCAUUUAAAUUAAGGUCUGUAUCGUCAGAUAUGCAUAUGCGUGAUAAUAGUAGCGUUCUGGUUAGCAGUAAUCGUCUUCAAUUCCAAGCACACCAUCAUCCUUGCAAUAACGACAUUAAUAAAUACAGGCAUAAUACAUUUCAGACCACCGAACGACUGCCUACAGUGGAUCUAAACAUUGCCGAUUUUGUUGCCAUUGAGAAAUAUUUUAACGUUGCAUUUCGUUUGCUACGUCAGUUACCAUGCAAACAGAUAUCAAAGUGCUGGAUUAAGGUCAUCGAACCGAAGAAGAAGGCCAGGUUUCCGUACACCUUGGGAGAAAAGUCUAAACCCAGUUGGUGGCCGCAGAAGGUUCAGCAUCGUGAACCAGACCACUUACAAAAACCUGAUAGAGUAGCAUUAAUGAUUGCCAUCAUGUUAUAUGUAGCACCGAUGUGGUACCAAAAAAAUCGAGAGAUAUACAAGGAUAUGAGAGACGCUACACAUACAUUAUUUAAAAAUGAUAGGGAAGGUUUUCUGAAGAGUGUGAUCUUAGAGAACGCCUAUAAGGUUUCACAAGCAAUUGCAGAAACUAGGAAAAGGAGGCCUUUUAUGUUGAAUGUGUUGGAUCUCAGUAAAAUUAAGUCCACAAAACAAUAUUGUGAGUUCAUUAAAAAUCUAGAGCAAAAACUGGAGGUGUUGAAACAAUCUGAUUUAUUCCAGCAUGGCCCAGCUGUCUCACAGAUCGAUUAUCAGAUUAAACCGUUCAUCAAUCAUUGUAACAACUUAGGUGAUGAGGAUGAAACAGAUCUUGAAUCUUGCCAAGAGCAGGAUUCAGACGAGACGAUAAGUUCAUAUGCGCGUUCGGAUUUUUGCGGAUCCAAUGAAGAAGUUGAUGUAAUGGUAUGCCAACACUUGCAACCAGUUCGGAAUCCGGAUGUUGAUUAUAGUGAUGCCUUUCAGUCUUACUUGGAUGAUUCUACGCACAGAUCCUCUGAAGAUGACCAAUCUGCAUUGUUAUGA